CUGUCAUCUAAGUAGCGCAGUAGAACCCGCAAACAAGGUUCAAUUAUCGUGAUCGUUCAAUUCGUCAGGGACAUCAUCAUUGUCGUUGUUGUCGGUUUUCCACGUCGGUCAUAGUCAAUCAUCUUCGUUAUUUCAGCUCUAUUACAACGGUUUGAUAUGCGAAAGUUUAAGUCGAACAAGUGUCAGUACGCGAAAUAAACGGAAACCUUUUUCGUAUUCCAGUAGUAUCGCAAGAAAGACAUGCAAGAUUUCUUUUUCUUUUUUCGGAAGCAUGACCUGCUCCCGCACCGGGAUGAAUAUCAAAAAAAUGGGGGACUCAGAAGUACCUAGCGAACAAUUACACCUCUCCUUGUUUUCCUGACCACACGAGCACGACCGGUCGUUGUCUCGCAGAAAGCAUUAAGAUCAAGAUGCCACGGCACAGCACGAGGUGGGACACCAUUGCCCUCUGGGUGUGCAACGGGUUGCUCAGUUUGUCAACUCCGUACCUGCUCUACACCAUCGCCCACGACACCGCCCUGUUUCGCGCCGGGACCAACAGCCUGGAAGGGUGGACGCAGGAGAUUGGGGAGUGGUUCGAUAGUGUGAGAAAAAGCGGGUUUUCUUUCAUCCGGGCUGCAGUUGCGGGAGGACAGCUGGAAGAUGAUGAAGAAGAUGAUAUUAUCGACGACGAAAAUCUGGAGAUUUUUUGGUAUGUGAACAAGACGCACCUGAUUUUCACACCGAGUCCCCCCGACGAUGUCAUCGCACUGCCCUACCCGCCGCCGCCGGGACUCGUGCGGCCCGAGGACGUGCCGACCUGGAAGGAGCUCGCGGAAAAGCACGGGCUGCGGUCCAGGGAAAGGCGAGCAAAAGCGGCUGCAGCGGGGGCAGGAACAAGUGGGGGAAGAAGCAAGGUGCAAAUGAAGAACGGGAAUAAAAUUGUUCCCGCCGCAUCUUCUCGAAGCAGCACCAGCCAGCAGACAAAAAGGCCACCCCCGCUAUCCCGGAACAAGAUGAAUAAGAAAAGGAGAACCUCCGCGCGGACCCCAGCCCUGGCGCAUAAUACCUGGGCGUUGACGAACUUCAUUCGCAGCAGUUUUGGGAUGGAGCCCCGAUUUGAUACAUCAGAGUCGCUGCUGGAGCAGGAACAUGCAGCGGACCAGAUCAGCGACGCCGCCCGGUACAUGGUUUCGCAGCAAAACCUGUACCUGCUGAUCACGCUGCAGUUCUGGAUUUUCUCGUCGCUGCUGGACUACGCCCCGUGGUUCUUCAACCACCUGCGGGUGCGGUUGGCAGCCUGGUACACGAAAAACAAAAUGCCGGCAGACGCAUUCGACACGCUGUGGGGACGGAUCGAGGUAUUACUUAGUUUUGCAACUGCUCCUCAUCACGUAUUAAAGAGCGAUCAUCAUGCUGAUUCACAUUCAGGUUACAAUUACUGCAUAAGAACGGGCUUUUGCACGACAUGUCCAUGCAUGUUCGACCCACCAUCGCAAAACUGCAGUUCACAAAGCGUUUGGUUGUGAUAACUUCCGGAGGCUAUUGGUUGCUACUCGCGUGGGAAAACUUUGCAGUGGUCUUCGAGCAGGCCAGCAUUCACGCAAUUCACAUCAUCUUCUACGCGAUGGUGUGUCACCUGCACUUGCUUUGCCAAGCCGCGGGCAUGCGCGUUGAGGUACGGAGACCGGCGUAGGGGGAUAAAAUAUGUUUGUGCUAUUGCGACGGCACAACAACUGACUAACUUACUACUUACCUCGUCCUGCAAGAAAUUAAGUUAAACAACUUGUUUGAAGAAAAUUACACGUAUGUACACAACACUUGCGCGGCUUUGAUAUGUUUGCUUUUCAUCGCACCGAGUUUGUUGGAAUUUACGAAGAAGUAUGGCUGCUGUAUACAAAACAACAUCAAAGCAUAUUUAUAAUCCAUAUCCUCUCAACAAAACUCGAUUUGAAAUUGAUCUUUUGACGUUUGCGUUACCGGUUUUCGUUUACAUGCGUUUCCAUUACCAUGAUUUCGAAUCGAUACAUAGCUGCAUUUUUGUACAAAAAUAAAUUGAGUAUGAGUUGCAGUCUCGCCAAGGCGUGACGCGGAGAACAGCACCUGAAGAACAAGAAGAAGUCAAAACGUUGUUUUUUUGUAUAAUUGCAAAAAUGAACAACAACUACAGGAUCUUAGCCCAUUUAUUAU